AUGCCCGCCGUAAGAUUGAGAUUCCGACAAAGCGUAAAGCCGGAGCUUUGGUCUCGAAAGCUUAGUGAAUCUCAUGCAUGCCUACCGCCGGUACAAAGCAUUAGUGGGCAGGCAGUGCUCCGUCCGGUCGCGUUCGACUGCCCUUUUGAGCUUGGACAAAUCACUGAGUCAACAUAUUGGCCUGGGUGCAGCAAAGUCUCUCGACGAACUCUGGGAUCUCUCAUCAUGUUGGAGAUAGAAGGGUUCUUCUACGGAGUACUACUUUGUAGUAUGCUUGAUGUCAUGAGGCGGAUGGAGUUCUGCAUCCCUUCUCCGCAGUUGACAGGCCCGCUUGCUCGAUAUUGGCUCCUUGGGGCGCUCAGUCCUCAUGGCACAUCCACAAUCCCACAUGAGUUAGGUAGGGGCAGGAAACCUUAUCAAUGCGAUAUCUUUGUUCGAAGUGGAGUGGCAUCCUGGCUUGGACCUGAGCUUCACGGCUGGGAACAAUGGUAGAGUUGCCCACUCUACUCCACGGCUGUCAAUCUCGAUUUUAGAAGUAUAUACUCCAUCAAUACUCCAUAAUGUGUGACAUCCGAUGGGGAUCCUUAUGGGGCCUUCCAUCCUGUACUUCCCCAUUACCGGUAUUUAUAUCAACUGCGGGUUGUCCGCAGCAGUCAGGUACCUUUCUUUAGAGUUGAUAGUGG